AUGUCCUUUCUACCACAAGAUGAAGAGAAGGACCAAGAAACAUUCAUACACUUAGUCGAGUCAGAUAUUGUGAACCAUGAGCAAAUAAUAAAAGAAACAGAAAAUGAUAGGGUAUUGAUGGAUAUCAAAACCAGAAUUAGCAAAAAUAAUUGGAGCAGAUGCUCGGUAACAGAAAGACCCUAUAAAUCUAUUAGGAAUAAACUGACUAUCGAGAAAGCAAUUGUAUGUAAUGGUGAUCUUAUUGUACCUCCUAAGACAAUGAGAAAGAUCUUCAUCAAAUCGAUUCAUGAUAAUAUACAUUGUGGCAUAAUGCAAACGCGAUGUAGGUUAAAAUUGGAAGCCUGGUGGCCUGGCUACUGUCAAGAUGUUGAAGAAUAUGUGAAAAACUGUGAAAAAUGUGCCGAAAUAAAAGUGAAGAAGGAAAGGACAUUACAUACAUGGCCAAGUGAAAAUAAACCUUGGUGUAGAGUACAUAUGGAUCAUGCCCAUGUACAGGGUAUCGGACUGUUUUUGAUUUUAGUAGAUUCUUUUUCUGGAUGGCCGGAAGUUAUUAAGGUAAAUAACCGUGAAGCGGCCACUGUAAAGGCAGUACUACAAAGUGUUUUUUCAAGAAAUAGAGUUCCAGAGGUUUUAGUAUCCGACAAUGCUGCGGAAUUUCAUGAUACCACCUUACACCAGUGGCUAAAGAAAAUCAGUUGCGUGCCUUAUAAGACUCCACCUUACCACCCUCAAUCUAACGGAGCAGCUGAAAGAAUGGUAGAGACAGUCAAGAUGGGUUUAAGAGCUUAUUCACCGGACAAAGGUUUAUUAUGCGGAUAUUUAAGCAGAAGGCUUUUAAGUUACAGAACAAUACCUCAUGCAGGAAGAUCAAGGAGUCCUUCCGAGAUGAUGGGAAGGCAGUUGAGAUCCCCUCUCACCAUGAGUUUCGAAAGUGGAACACCGUUAUGGUACCGCCAAAUACCAGAUUCCAAACCUGAACCUGCUUCAUUCAUCUCUCAGGCAGGUCUAAACACUGCGAUCAUAUUAAGGAAUAAUUCUUCGGGUACGUUAGCACACUGUGACCAAAUAAACAAACGCCUAAAUGAGCCUAGUAUACUUAUGGAUAAUGAAGACAGUAUGCGGUAUGAUCAUAUCAAUAAUGAGAAAAUCGAUCCUUGCAAUAGUGAUAAAUCUGAUAUGCCCGAACUACGUGUUACUAAAGGAGAGCCUAAUCAGGAUCGAAGAAGUACACGGUCGACAAGGGGGCAAAAGCCAAUACGUUUCAGGGAUGUGAAGCCGUGA